UUGUCUCCAUCACGAUGGAACGCCUUUCAACCUUUCGACGUAAUGUCCGAAAACAAAAUGCCCCUACUAUGAAGGAACUUGACCUCUUUCCAGUAACGCCUGAUCCAAGUUGUGUCCUUACCUUAGCUCUUCCUAUCUCUAAGGGUGAAUGUCUUAGUGGGAUUCAACGAGUUGGAUCACAGUCUUUGGCUCCCAAAAGAGCCUCAAAGGCUUCUUCUACUUCGAGGAAGAGGACCAAUAUGUUUACAAAUUCCAAGUUGAGCCCUAUCCUUCAAUCUGUGAUGCGGUUUGACCAUCUUACUAGGCAAGAAAAUCGACAUGCGUUGUCUUCAUCAACCUCACAUAUUCUUGAUGGUGAAUCGAUGCUAAAUCCUAUCGAUGUUGAUAUUUUGGCAGUGGAUCGACCAUCGUCGUCAGCAGUGAAUGGUGUUGUGGACACUACACUGAAACUUGGGAUUCCAGGAUCAACCACUCAUAGUUUUUCUAGAAAUAGAGGGGGACAUGGACAAUAUAAUCUACAGUUGACACUGUGAUUUGAAUGCCUC